AUGGUGGCCGCUAAGAAGCACGUCCCGAUCGUCAAGAAGCGCACUGCGCGCUUCAACCGUCACCAGAGCGACCGCUUCAAGUGCGUCGACCCCAGCUGGAGGAAGCCCAAGGGUAUCGACAAUGCCGUGAGGAGGCGGUUCAAGGGCCAGGCCCCCAUGCCCAAGAUCGGUUACGGCUCCAACAAGAAGACGCGCCACAUGGCCCCCUCCGGCCACAAGGCCUUCCUCGUCAACAACGCCCGUGACGUUGACAUCCUCCUCAUGCACAACCGCACCUACGCUGCCGAGAUCGCUCACGCCGUGUCGGCACGCAAGAGGGUCGAGAUCGUCAACAGGGCGAAGCAGCUGGGCGUCAAGGUCACCAACGCCAAGGCCAGGAUCACCACUGAGGCGUAA